GCAUUGUGUUGCCCUCAGGCAACAAACCACUAUUUUGGCCCACACACCGCCCCUUUAAAGUUUUUUUAAGUAAAACAUCACAUAAAAAAUCUGAUGAUAUGUCUGUGACCAAUGAAAUUUGAGCUGGGCGUGGCUUUGACCUUUGUCUUGGGGUGAAACAAUCCUUUUUUUGGACCGCAGCUGACUUGGACACACCGCUAGCAGAAGAUGACCUGCCUGAUGACAAUGAGUCUGUGGAUGAAGAGGAAAAUGAAGAGGAUGAAGUAUCACAGGAAGCUGUUCCACGCUUACCUCGUUGGAGAACACCCCACAGUGCCAAUAUCACUGAUUACCCAGAAUGGCAGGCCAGUCUUCCAAAAUCAGAUCAUAUCAAUUCCCCCUACAAAUACUUCAAGAUGUUUUUUUCUGAAGACAUUCUGGAAGUAGUUCUAGAGCAGUCAAAUUUAUAUGCCAUUCAGUGUGACACCAACAAGCCCCUUAACCUCACUAAAAAAGAACUGGAACAAUUUAUGGGUACAGCAGUAUACAUGUCAUUGUUUGGAUUACCAGGCACCCGCAUGUUUUGGAACAAAGCCACCCGAGUGUCCCAGGUAGCUGACACCAUGGCACUAAACAGAUGGGAGUUCAUUAAAAAAUCCCUGCACUUCAACAACAAUGAAGUGAGACAACGAGAAAAUAUUGAUCCACUCCACAAAAUCCGACCACUGGUCACUCAUCUUACCUCAAAGCUGCAGACAAUACCAAUGAGUGAGAAGUUGGCUGUGGAGGAGCAGAUGGUCCCUUUCAAGGGAAGAAAUAGACUCAAGCAAUACCUGCCAGCUAAGCCAAAGAAAUGGGGCUACAAGAUAUUCAUCUUGGCUGGCUCUGAUGGUGUCCCGCACAAUUUUGAGAUUUACACGGGGAGAGUUGUGCAACCACCUGAGCUGCCAGAUGUAGGAGCAAGUGGCAAUGUUGUCCUCCGCCUGGCCCAGCCAAUACCCAGACAGCAGAACUACAAGGUGUUCUUUGACAACUGGUUCACGAGUGUCCCUCUCAUUCUCACACUUGCUCACCAGGGAAUUCACUGUACUGGUACUGUUCGUAGCAACAGACUACCAGGUGUCAACUUGAUGUGUGAUGUUGAGUUGAAGAGAACUGGGCGUGGAUCUUUUGAACAGAAGAUCGCCAUGGUUGGAGAAACCACCUUGCAUGCUGUGAAAUGGUAUGAUAACCGUUCAGUCAGUCUUCUCAGCAAUUACAUUGGAGCGCACCCAGUCACCGACGUUGAUAGGUGGGAUGGCAAGCAAAAAAAAAUCAUCAAAAUUCCCUGUCCUGCUGUGGUGAGAGAGUACAAUAAGAAUAUGGGUGGAGUGGAUCUGCUGGACUCCCUCAUUGCACUGUACCGCAACAAAAUCAGGUCGAAAAAGUGGUACCAUCGGCUGAUGUUCCACUUUAUCGACAUGACCAUCGUGACUGCCUGGCUGCUCUACAAGAGAGACUGCAGCAGCACUGGGAUGAGAAAAGAGGAACAGAUGAGGCUUUAUACAUUCAAGUCAUAUAUUGCAGAAAGCUUGUGCAAAAGUGGAAAGAAUCUGGAGCGUAAGAGAGGUCGUCCCAGUUCCACAAUUGCUGGGGAGUACGAAGAGAAGAGGAGAAGAGGACCUACUACACCUAUCCCGGUCCCUGAUGUGCGUCUGGAUGCCACAGCCCACUGGAUGGUCAUGGAUGAAAAGAAAGGGAGAUGCAAGGUACCAAGAUGCAAAGGUACACCUAAAGCCAAGUGCCAAAAAUGUGACGCCCACCUUUGUUUCACAUCCACCAGCAACUGCUUCAUGAGGUUCCAUACAGAAUAAUACAAACUGUACUUUGUAAAAAAGAGAAACACGGAGCUAUUCAGUACCCCACAGGAACAUGUAUUUGGAAACAUAAACACACACUGCAGCUAAUCUCUAAUGCACUAAUUGAUAAACCAUUUGUGGCUGUUUGUUGAAAGGAAACUUGUUGAAAUUGUUGUUGUUGAAAUUAAACUUCUUCUAAUGUGUU